AUGGUCAACGUCGCCAUUGCAGGAGGUUUGGGGAACUUUGGUCGAACGGUCACAGAGGUUCUCAGUCUCGAAGGAAAACAUCAGGUUUUUGCUUUGGGUCGCGAAGUAAUCCCCCCCCACCCCCCUGUUAACCUGCAAGUUCCCUUCAUCGCGGUCGACUACAACCAUGUCCAACACUUGCAGGCUCUCCUACAGGAUAAUGAGAUACACGUCGUUAUUUCCUGUCUGAGCUUGACGGAUGACUCCGCAAUUGCUGCCGAAACCAACCUUAUCCUAGCUGCGGAUAAUUCUGCUGUGACCACACGCUUCAUUACUAGCAACUGGGGGACACCUUAUAUGCCUUGGCUCAAGUACAAACUGGCUGCCAUCGACCAACUCAAGAGCACGAACCUUGAGUGGACUUAUUUCACCGUUGGUUAUUUCCUUGACUACUACGGAAUGCCACAUGUCAAGACUCAUCUACCUACCUUCUUGGUUGCUGUCGAUGUUGCAAACAAAAUUGCAAGAAUUCCGGGAACGGGAAAUGAUCCCGUAACAUUCACCUACACCUACGACGUGGCCAGAUUUGUUGCAGUAGCGCUGGACAUGAAGAAGUGGGAGGAAGAAACAAUUGUCGCAGGAGAUAAAGCUACUUGGAAUGAAUUCCUUAAGCUGGCACAAGAAAUCCGACGCUGUUGGUUUGAUGUUGAGUACGACUCCAUCGAGAAGCUCCAGGCCUCGCAGAUCACAGAACUGCCGUCACAUGUCUCUUCAUACGGGCUGUACCCCAAAGAGCUCAUGCAAUUUCUCAUGGCAGGACUGGAGCGGGCAAUGGUGGCCGGGAAGCUGAACCUUCCAGAUGAGAGGGCGCUGAAUCGUUUGCAUCCAGAUAUUAAGAUGGUCAAGAUUGAGGAUAUGUUGCGUGAAAACUGGAGGAGGGCCUAA